GAAAGUCAAAGCCGGAAGUCGAUUGUUUUGUUGUCGCGAGCUUGCUAACUCAGCUCGGUGUUUGGUGUCAGUAAGCAGAGCGAUGCUCACCGUCUCAGAGACGGGGUUUAAAUCAGACUUCUGAACCCCUGUGGACCACGGUCUUGUGAUUGGCACCAAGGAAGAACAAGAACCAUGGUGACCAAAAAAGUGAGGACAGAAUAUAUGAAGAAGUUCAGGGACCCCAAAUGGGAGACGUUUUCUAAAUGCUACGAGGACUCCGUGAAGUACCGUCUGACUCGACGCGUGAUGGAGCAUUCCCACAAGCCCUGGUUUUGGGAGGGCUGGGACAGCGGCUCUGACUCCAGUGGCUGGUCGACACCAAGACUGACCAGGAACAAAGUGGCUCCUCUGUCCCUCCCACUGCUGCCCACAUCCCCAGAGGUCAAACAGAGGCUGUUGGAGUUGAAGACCAGUCCUGGGCAAAAGCAGUCAUCUGAGGAUUUAGAGACUGAAGUGGGGGAAGGGGACGCUCCGGUUGUAGAUGCUGCACAAACCACAGCAGCAGUUGUAGAAAAUGGUGUGAAUGAGGCCAGUGGCAGCUCUGCAACGGUGGCUCCAAAAAACAGCGGAAACUCAGAUGACACGGCAACAGACAAUGGGCCAGCCGACUCCGCGUCUUCUGAUGGGGAGCCGGUAAACCCGGUACCUCAACGACGCCAUCGCCGCCGCACCCCACGCUCUGAGCAGGCACACCGAGACAGUUCCCAGGACGACAAACCAGCUGUGAUCCGAAAACCACCGAGAGCGAAGAGCACACCGGUGAUCAGCACCAAGGAGAAGGAGAACCGGAGGCCGUCCAGUCGUCUAGACUGGAGCGAGCGACAGAUGGAGAUCAAGACGACACCCAAUGAUAGUCACACUUCUGAUGCCUGCGUUCAGACUCGGAGGGAGUCCGACAAGCGGAUCUCCAAGCUGGACCGCCGGCGGGCUCGAUCUGCCGACCUGGAGAAGAUAAGGCGGUCGCAGCUGACGGUGGUGGACGACCGUUGGAUGACAGAGUACAUGCGCUGUUUCUCCGCCCGGCUUAGGUAGAGAUGGAUCCACCUUGAUCCCUGAAUACCAAGUUUCCUUAUUUGCAGAUAUCAGGAGGAUUUUUCAUUUGAAUCAACAAGACAGAGAGCCGUCACAGCGGGCCAUAACAAAACACUGCUCGCUGGGCUGUCUCCUUAGUGGACAGAGAAAUAACAGACAAAUAAAGUGAAGAAGUGGGCAGAGCUACUGAUUUAGAUUCAGGUGAUAUAGUUUCAAAUACCUUAUGAGCAACAGGUUUACAAUUUCUCCUUUCUCUCUGAGUGUGUUCAUUAUAAUUUGGUGCUUCGCAUGGCCCCUAAUACUGCAGUACCCACAGUUUUAAUUGAAUUCUGUACAGAUCCCUUAAAUUCAUUUAACAGAACUGUGACUAAGAUAUAUUCUGCACGUCAUUUUUACAUACUACUAUAUCUUUGGGAUUUCAGUAUUGAAAUAACAUUUAACAAGUCCAAUGAAUUUGAAAGAGAUUUGAUUUAAAUUUGCUGUAUUAGUCCUGAAGUUUUUAAGCAUGUCAUUGGUUGUUUUUUUUUUUUACUUUACUUAGCUGGCUUCAGUUGACUUCUGUCCUGAAAUCAUUUCAUGCUCAUUUUGUGCAGCAUCACAGUUACAAAAUGAGGAGCGUGUCACUCCUCGUAUGAGAUGACAGUGUGGGAACAAGGCUUUACAUGAAUGUGUCUGCUCACUGACCAGCAGAGAGUUAUCAGCUAAACCUGCAGCAUCCUUCGGAAGAUGCUAAUUUAACAUCAGUGUUCAUCUGUCUGUAUUUACAGCCUUGUUGUUCUGGUUUCCCGUCUCUCUUUCUCUCUCUCCUGACAGAAAAAACUAACUGUAGCAUGCAGAAGACAGACACAGCUGGAGGGUUGCUCAUGGUGCCCUCAAAGGGUCAAAAACUGCAGCUUUAAGAGCUAAAAUGCUUCAACAUGCCCUUUAGUUAAUGUCAUCUAUGCAAUAACUGUACAGGACGUUGAUUUAAGACUUAUGAUGGUGUUGUAUAGGCCUACCCACGUCUUCACUUUAUACCAAAUUACACAGAAUUAUUAACAAUAAAACAACGAGACAGCAGGAACUGUGUUUUGUUGCUCCAGCGUCCUGUCAGAGGGAAAAAAACCCACUUUCACUAUCACUGUCAUUUAUUUGCAGACUAAAGGCCAUUUAUGCUCCUCUGUAAUAUAAGCAUGAUAUAUUUCCAUUGUAUCAUCUGACUGGUCUGGAGGGACAGAUAACCUGGAUCAAACCAGCAAAGUAACUAUAAAAGGUGCAGUUAUUAAAAACCAGCUUUCUUUAGUUUGGGGGUCAGUUUUCUCCGUGACAGGAAAGAUUGAAUCUGCAGGAACUGUUCAGGUUUCUCAUCCCGAACAGUUUCAGAUGAGACGGCUCAGCUGCGUUUCUCCGAUUCUCUGUUUCUGUGCUGGGAGUGAACAAAGGGAAAAGGAGAGCUCUAAAAGAUUUUAAUCUUUCUUAGGUUUUCUAUACAUAUAUAUUACAAAAACACUUCCACGUCACUUUUGAAUGUAUUUAGUUUCUCAGCAUGAAAGAAAGCUCACUGCUCUGCUUUGAUUUAGAUCUUUAUUCAGGCACAUCUUUGUUUUACAGUUUUCUCUAACAAAGCCAGUUGUGUGUUUACAACUCAGAGUUUGAUGAGAGGCAGCAGAAAGGCCCAAAUAUUUUUGAUAUUUGUGUAUUUUGGAUAUAAAGACUUAAGCUUAGAUUAGGAGAAGCCUGAAACUCACAGUUUAUCAAAUAAAAUACAAAUUUAAGGUAUUUUUAUCCGUUGAUUUUGAUCAGGUAACUGUUGGAGCUGUGUGUAGUGCAGAGUUUAGCUGGUGUUUUUUUAACUUUGGGCAGCUUCUGUUAAAUAACCUGCAGCUUUAACACAAUGUGCAGUGAAUCCUCCACAUAUCUGUCAUAUUUCAGCGAAAGGCUCAGUGAAUAGAAACCAGAGAAUAUCAUCUUAGUCUAACUUCUUGGUGUAAUUAUGCAACAGUAGGCACUUUGAAAACAUUUCACUGAAAUAAUGUAAGAGUCACUAAAAUGCAUCACUACAGUCUUAUCACUGUUUAUAUUUUUAAGACAGCUGACGCUUGUUUACUUGAUCAGAAUUCUAGCCUGAAUCCAGGUUUUCCUGCAGUGUCUUAUAGCAGAACUAGAGAUCAGUAACAUGGCAAACAUGUAACCAUGAACAGAAGCAGAAAUGCUGUGUUUAAUGAUUGUGGCUGUCCUCUUCCCCUCUUGUAUCUCCAUGUUUUACUAGUUCAAACAUGAAUGUUUUGCAGUUCAAAGAUAUCCGAAUUCCUAUUUAGUGCUGAUUUUUUUUUUUUUUUUUUAAGGAUGUUUUCUGGAAAGAAUCAUGUCAUUUAAUACCAAUUAACUAAGUGAAGCCAGCCCUAAUAUGUCCUCUAUGUUUUUAUUUAAUUGUUCUUUCAAGAAUCAGGGAACAAUGAAAACAGGCAUUCUGCCUGACACGGAGAAACUGUAGGGUUACUGCCUAUGAUAACUUAGACCUCAGAGGGCUACAGAGCUACGUUUAAGAAACUGGAACCACCACAUUACUAUUAUUUGAUCAGAAUAGUCACUUCCCAAUAUAGCUGCUGAUUGAUUUGACUUGAAUCUUCUUCUUUCAGCUGCUCCAUUUAGGGGUCACCAUACCCCCCUCUGUGCGUGUCCAAACCAUCUCAGCCUCUCUAACUCCAAAAUGCUGAAGCUGAGCUCUCGCUCUGAUGUACUCGUUUCUGAUCUUGUCCAUCCUGGUCUCUCCCAGUGAAAACCUUAGCAGCUCCAGCUCCAGCUCUUUUUGUCAGCGUCACUGUCUCCAAACCGUCCAUCACAGCAGGUCUCACCGACAUCUCUCACAGAUCACCCCUGAUACUCAUCUCCACCCACUCCACCCAGCCUGCACUCUUUUCUUCACUUCUCUUGUGCACUGUCCUUUACUUCAGUUGGCCCCAGGUAUUUAAACUACCUGCCUUGACUAUCUCUACAACUGGCAUGUUCACCUUUCCACGUGUCUCCGUCUCAUUCACACUUCCAUUCCUUGUCCACGGAGACGCCUGCCUGGACUAGUUUGAAUUUGAAUGGAUUAAUCAAAUAAUGAAAAAUCUGAUGCAGCUCUGCACACUUCAGUGUGCAGUUCAACUUCUUACAGUUCUAAGAAUAUGUGGGUCUCCUGAUAUAAUCAGCUGAUAUCAGUUUAACAGAUAUAUCGGUAUCAGUGUACAUGUUGACUCUGACUGUGUUCACAGUCCUCUCAGCAGUGUCUGCAGCAUCGCUGAAGUUGUUAGCUCUGGAAACACAUUGUUGCAUUGACCCCCAGAAACCCCGUAUCACUUGGCUCUACAACGUACGUGAUGAACAAGUUUUUACAAUAAUAAUUUGGUAAUAGAUAAAAUAUUUAGCUGAUUUUGUUUCUUUCCAGGAAACGCCUUUCGUAUAAUUACUGACAAGUGUAAAAAAAACAUUUCAUAUGAGUCUUACCUCUCUGAGUCCUGCGUGCUGGGAAACAGCCGGUGUGAUGAAAUGAGUUGAUCAGCUUUUAUCACUGUUAGCUGUUAGCAGCUCUGUGUGGACGUUUGGAUUAGAAACAUUAAUGUUUCUGUCAGCGUGUGAAGACGAGUGAAAAUCACAGGUGUUAAAAUUAUGGCGAAGAAAAGAGUUUUGAGUUUGUGUUCUGUGGAUUAUUUGUUGUUGUAACCUGUACACGGCGACGUCAUCUCUACGUCUCGUGACUCAGACUGAGGGCUAAUCUUUAUUAUGUAUCGAGUUUACCAUUUUGAAACAGAACGCAUACAAAUUCACUGAGAAUGUUUAUUGAUUUCACACCAACUGGACCUCCUCACUCUGAAUGUGCACAAUUCUUUAUGUUCAUGUGAACGUUUCCUGUGAAGUCUGUAAGCCUCCGUCUCUGUGUUGACUCGGCCCCACGUUUGUUUUGAUGCGUUUCGGCCUUCCGUUUACACGAUAGCGUUUCAGAAACGAUCUGCGUUUACACGAUGACACGUGAAACGAUGGAAACGAUGUAGUUCCAAUGCCAGGCCACAAGUUGGCGUUGGUUUUCUCUUUGCAAAACGUGUUUACGCAAGUAGGAAACAGUAGGAAGCGCGGCCAAUUGUUCAUUACUUACUAAACGGCCAGUGUGAGAGGUUUUGUGUGGACUGACAAUGAGGUUGGGUUGCUGGGGCACACAACGCGGAAUUACAAAACGGUAAAAACACGAGAAAAGCACAAGAAGCACUCGUGAAUCCGCGAGUGCUGUUUAUCAAUUUGCGCGUGCGCGGAAAACUGUGGCCGUCGCAACCAUAGUGCGCAUGUGCGAG